AAAAAUAUUUCAUCGUUUGGCGCCCAUUCUCCUCUUUCCAGUUUUUCGCUUAGGGUUUUAAAAUCUCUCCACCUCCCCCACUCUCCCUCAAAUCCACGCACUCGACUCGACCAACAAAAUCUCCCAAAUCUGAAACCCUACAUCGCCUCAAAAUGGAUGCGGUUCAAUUGACGGAAGGCGCAAUAUCUUCUUUGUCGAGCCCCGACACCGACAAGGCUAGCUUGAAGCCGGUAUUGCAGGUCUACGAUGUACGCCCCGUCAGUCCUCAGAAUCACAACUCCGAGCGAUACCGGCUCAUGCUUUCCGACGGCGAGUUCCUUCAGCAAGGAAUGCUGGCCACCCAGCGCAAUGAAAUGGUCAAAUCGAAUAUGCUGAUGAAAGGCUCCAUCGUCCGGUUGAUGCAGUUCGUCUGCAACGUUGUCCAGAAUCGCAGGAUUAUCAUCAUCAUUGAUCUAGAGGUGUUAGUUAGAGAAUGUGAGAUUAUUGGUCAACCUAAGACAUAUCCAUUCAUGGCUGAUGGCACCCCUCAUGUAGCCAAACCACCUGCACGAACUCAGCUGAUAAAUCAGCCAGCUAACCCUGCUGAGUCAUCAUUUAGCGUUUCCUCUCCAAGGCCAACUAUGGGUGCUGGCCCUGCUGUAGCGCACUUUCAACAGUCAGGGGAAGACUACAAUUCAGGCUCACAUUCAUACAGUAGUUCUUUUUCUGGAAAUAUGAACUCAGGAAGAUAUAAUCCUUCGAACGCGUCGGCAAUAUAUCCCAAACCUGAAGUUGAUUCAGGCAUUCCACGGGCUCAUAUGAACAAUUAUGCCCGCCCACCUAGUUCCUUGUAUCAGCAGCCGUCUCCAAUGUUUGCAAAUAGAGGACCAAUUGCUAAAAAUGAAGCUCCUCCAAGAAUAAUUCCAAUUGCAGCACUGAAUCCAUAUCAAGGCAGAUGGACAAUCAAGGCCAGAGUGACGGCAAAGAGUGAACUCAGGCUGUACAAUAAUCCUCGAGGUGAUGGAAAAGUGUUUUCAUUUGAUCUUCUUGAUUCUGAUGGUGGAGAAAUAAGGGUCACUUGCUUCAAUGCUGUUGCAGAUCAAUUUUACCAUCAAAUUGAGUCCGGUAAGGUUUAUAUGAUCUCCAGAGGGACACUGAAAGCUGCACAGAAAGCUUUUAAUCACCUACGCAAUGAUUAUGAGAUAAUGCUGGACAAUACAUCAACUGUGCAACCUUGUUAUGAAGAUGAUAAGUCCAUCCCACAGCAGCAAUUUCAUUUCCGUCCCAUAAGUGAUAUUGAAGGCCUGGACAACAACAGUAUUUUGGAUCUAAUUGCUAUUGUUUCAUCAAUCAAUCCACCCAGCUCUAUAAUGAGGAAAAAUGGUACUGAAACUCAGAAAAGGACUCUCCAAUUGAAGGACAUGUCUGGGAGAAGUGUUGAGUUGACUUUGUGGGGAAACUUCUGCAAUGCUGAAGGACAAACGCUGCAAACCAUGUGUGAUUCUGGCCAAUUUCCUGUUUUAGCAGUGAAAUCUUGUAGGGUUAAUGAUUUCAAUGGAAAAUCUGUGGGCACCAUAUCCAGUAGUCAGUUGUUUAUAGAGCCUGAUUUUCCUGAGCUUCAGAGACUUAAAACUUGGUUCAACAGCAAUGGAAAGAACACACCUGCUAUACCUCUAUCAAGGGAAGCAGGUACAGCCCGCACUGAUGUACGCAAAACCAUAUCCCAGAUCAAAGAUGAAAAGUUGGGGACCUCUGAGAAACCAGAUUGGAUCACAGUUUCUGCCACUCUAAUUUACAUAAAAGUUGAUAAUUUUUCUUAUACCGCAUGCCCGAUCAUGAUUGGAGAUCGACAAUGCAACAAAAAGGUUACUAAUAAUGGGGAUGGAAAAUGGCGUUGCGAGAGAUGUGACCAGUCUGUUGAUGAGUGUGAUUAUAGGUAUAUCCUCCAGAUGCAAAUCCAGGAUCACACUGGCAUAACAUGGGUGACUGCAUUUCAGGAGAGCGGAGAGGAGAUAAUGGGUAGAUCAGCCAAAGAGCUGUACUACAUGAAGCAUGAGGAACAAGAUGAGGAGAAAUUCAGUGAGGUGUUGCGUGAUAUCCUUUUUACAAAAUUUAUGUUCAAACUGAAAGUGAAGGAAGAGACUUUCAGCGACGAACAGCGCGUGAAGUCAACAGUGGUGAAAGCAGAGAAGGUUAACUUCCAAACAGAAGCCAAGUAUCUACUGGAUUUGGCGGCUAAAUCCAAAAAUGAGGACUUAGGUUCACUACCUCCUAAAAGUGAAGGUAUGUCAGCAUCUGGGCUGACUACUGUUGGAUUUGGUGGAAGUGGAGAACCUGCGACAGCUGCUGCUAUGAAUUACAGUGGAGUUACUAAUAAUGUGGCCAGAGAGGGUGGUGCAAGUAUGAGUCAAUCUGGUAACCAGUAUGGUGGCUCGAGAUAUCCUUCCACUGGAAUAUAUACAAGUUGUGGUAGCUGUGGAAGCUCUGGGCAUAGCUCUGCGAAUUGCCCAAGCCUCAUGACUGCCCCGGGACAAUCUUAUGGAACUGGUCUUGGCAGUAGGGCGACGCUUGGGGAUAAUGGUGUUGGGGCUAGUGGUGGUGCGUCUGGCGAGUGCUUUAAAUGCCAUCAAACCGGGCACUGGGCAAGGGACUGCCCAGGUGUUAGCAAUGCUCCUCCUGCUUAUGGAACCUAUAAUGCCAACUCCGUAUCUGGGGCUGGUGGUGGUGCGUCUGGCGAGUGCUUUAAAUGCCAUCAAACCGGGCACUGGGCAAGGGACUGCCCCGGUGUUGGCAAUGCUCCUGCUUAUGGGACCAAUAAUGCCAAUACCGGGCGAUAUGGAAUGGCACCGAAGCAAUACGUGGGCGGCUUUUGAGAUUCAAGUAGCUGAUGAUAUCUUUUGCCUCUAUGAAAUGAAAGAUUUGUGUUUUUAACGAAGCAGGCUGCCAGGCCAUGUGUUUUGAUUUCUGCCAAGUGGUUUGUUAUGAAUAUGAUGCGUAGUGCUUUUGUAAAUUAAUUAUUUUUCUUCUAUGAAAUACAUAUUAGACUUUUCA